UGUCUGAGGGGCUGAUGAAAGCCUGUGGUUGUGGUGUUUGAAGUGCGCGCAGCAGCUGGCUUUGUGUUCGUGGGGCUCCUCCCGUUUCUGUGAUGAAGUUCAGAUGCGCGUCACCAAGCAGCGCGCACAGCUGAGGAGCUUCCCCGACGCCACGGCACGGCUCGAGAGAUGGGGAGAUGCGUGGAUCACGAUCACGGGAGGCUUCGACUGUAACACCACCCGUCGUUUGUACUUUCACAGAAUGCGCCGCCACCCUUUGCGUGAGCACCGACCGAGCUGAUCUGGAUUCAGAAGACCCAGCUGCAUCCAUACCCUCUCUACAAAGCUUCCUUGGCUGCGUGGACCGUGAAAAACAUCUCUCCUCGGUCCCUGGCGUUGUCUGUGUUUUAGUUUUACUCUAAAAGGUCGUACGUGCUUUUUCUUUUUUUUUUUUUUUUUAUUGGAUCCGGGAAAUGUUGGCAUGGCCACCUCGGGAGCUCAUAAGUGUCCGAAGAGUGAGAAGUUGGACGAGGCGCAGGCUUUGGCCAAGAGCUGCGCGGGGAGACCAGACUUCCUGCCGUGUGAUGGACUCUCCAUCUGCGCGACGCACAGCCACGGGAAGUGCUUCAAACUGCACUGGUGCUGCCACUUGGGCUGGUGUCACUGUAAGUACGUGUACCAGCCCAUGACCAAUGUGUGCCAGCUGCCCAGCACAUCUGUGCCGCCUGUCGGAUCAGAGUGCAACGACACUAUCAACCUCUCCGUCUCUCUGGCCGAGCGCUUCCUGAAGCUGGCGCCCAGCUUCCAGUCUCCGCCUCACCUGGAGUCGCCCAAGUACUGCGUCAUUGCGGACCUGUUUGUGGACGACUACAUUGUCAAAAGAAUUAACGGGAAGAUGUGCUAUGUGCAGCGACCCCUGCCUCCCUUACCAGAACCUCCUCAACCUCCCACCCCUCAGUCGCCCACUCCAGCUGCACCUCAGAUGCCCCCUAAUCCCAGUCCGCCACAGCCGCGGGUUAGCCCACAGAGGCAGGCUCCUGCUCCUCCUGUUCCUCCGGCGUACAGCGACCAGAAACACCUCUCCACUGUUGAGAAGUUAAAAGGCCCCAAAAUGGACCACUGCUCCUCCCCAUCCAGCUCAGAGGACUCCGGCAUCAAUGCGCUAGGCCUCCACUACCUGGAGUCCUGUGAGGAGGGAAGUGAAGAUGAAGAGGACGAGUUGAGCACAGAUGGAAAUUCGAGCCCUGGUAGUCUGUGGGAUCAGGAUGACUGUUCUCUUCUCUCCCCCUCCAAGUCGAUGAUAGAGAUCAUCGAGAAGAUUGAAACAACUGUGUAACUGACAGGCAGAAACCACUCGUGGAGAGGAUCAACGGAGCAGUGUUUGCUAACAGAGAAAAACACUGCAGGAUAUUAUUUUCCACUGACUCACAGGGAGCAAACCCCAAAUCUAGAGCUUCUGUGGUGUUUGCAAGGUUGCUUCAGGCUGAAUUUGUUCUCCUGCAGGUGGCUGAGGACUAUACGGCCACAAUUUCACAGAGCCUCUCUUCUGUCCAAUCCCCCUGCAUGGAAUUCAUUUCUGAGACUUACUGGAAUCAAAGAGGAAGUACAUCAAUCGCAAGAACAUGAACAGUGGACAAAAAAUGACUACAACUGAAGAAAAGAGUUAAUGCACUUCAAAACAGUCAUGAAAGAAAUAAAUGAUAGGCUUUUUUGUGAUUUUCUUGUGUAGGUAAGUAACAGAAGCUUCAUUAUAUAUGAACAAAUAUGAUAUGUUCUCUGGCGACAAGAACUGUGAGGUAAUUCUUAGUGUUCUCCAAUUGUUAGUCCUCAGUCUAAUUUAACAUCCAGGUGGCAGAUAAGCACGUCAUCUCUUAUUCACUGGUCAGCGACUCCACCCACACACAUAUUAUUAAUUCUGACACUUAAGCAUAAUGACUGCAAGGCCUGCUACCUCUCAUGGGCCUCAAUCACAUAAGCCUUUUAACCUGUUAAAGUCUCACCUCCAAGCUGCUGAGACACCGCCUGCUUCUGUCGCGUUAGAAAAAAGCUUUCAGAGGCCACAGUUGGUCUGCACUUUACCGACACCAUCACAGGCCGGUAGGUUGGUAUUUGACAAUCAAGAAUUACACAGAAGCACAUUCCUACACUGUACCUGCCACUGAGGACCUAUUUACCCUGCAUCAAUAUGUUCUUCUGACCACCUUUGUUUGAUCAAACUUAACUGCAGAUCUGUUCAAGGUUAGAGGCAUAGUUCAGAUUUUUAGAGGUGGGGUUCUGUGGAAGAGUUUGAGCAGUAAGUGUGCUACACUUACCUGGAGUUGUGUAAUUAUACAACUCACUAAACGAAACAAUAUUAUGUUACGUUUACGAGAACGAGAUGAGAAGAGAUUUUAGCUGAAUUCACAGAAUCACCAUUUGUUUGAUUUUACAUAUAAAGUAAGUAAAGAUUUUAUAAACCACAAACUGUGUUUUAAUCAGUACCAAAUAUUCCAUUCCAUGUUUUUUUGGUCCUUAUAUGUUGUUUUUUAUACAUUUAAAACGCUCUUUUUUGUGUUUGCGCAAACAGAGUUAAGAUUUCUAAGUUUGCAAUUGGGAAUUUUAAUUAUUUUGUUAGAUAGCGGUUCAUCAUGCAAGCUAGGUUUGGACAAGAAAUAUUGAAACAUUUUAAUAUUUUAAGAUCUGUGCCAUACGAUCUCAUAAUACCACAGCGGUAGAUCUCUGUUUUUAGAUGGCAGAAACCAACUUUGGUAUGGGCCCAAAUCUGCUGACUGGAGAGCUGAUUACCGAUAUGAAGUAAUACCAAAUUUGUUGUAUUUUUUUUUCUAUAUAGGUUUUCCAGUAUAGUAUUGAAGUAUAGAUCAGUGGAGUGCUGCUCCCCUCCCACCAGUUGCAUUGCUCAUCAGCUGGCUGAAAGAAGAUUGCUGUCAUUUUUCACUCCCUUACUAAAAAAGACAAAUUAGGCUGUUCAGGAGACAUUUCUGGUCACAAGGCAACACAAUAGGAGCAUCCCCCGUUACUCUUAUUAAAGUAACACAGCUUUAAUCUACACUUUGCAAGCUAUGAGCUGUUUGUCUGUUAACUCUGGCUAAUCAACCAGUUAUUAUAAGGUUGUGAUUCUUGUGUUUUGCAAAAAGCUAUAACCUGUGCAAAAGUAAUUUGAAAACUAAAACUAAAUUUUGGGUGUUUUAAUUUUAAUUACUUAAUUUAAUAUAAACAAUACAAACACAGUAGCAUAUACCAGAUGCAUUGUUUUUAAGCACUAUAACAGACAGACAUGCUAAUUUUCAGCACUUGCCCAUAGGAGGCUUUUCUCGAUCCAAUAUUUUUGCUUAGAAUUAUGUAUUUAUUUUCACUUAAAUAACUUAAAACCCUGGUAUUUUUACUCCAACUUACCGUACCAUGAGAGUCUCAUUCCGGCCUCUGCUUAAACAAGUCAUUAGCUCAACUCAAUGGUAAGAACCAAUUUAAAUUUUUCCAAAUUGAAGCCGCUCAGGUUGCUAUCUACUACACGCAAGAUACUGACUGUUCAUAACAACUCCACAAAAUCCCGGUUUAAAUAAUAGGAACCAUCCCUCUAAAAUAGUUCUGUGUAAGAAGCCAGAUAUUCAAAUUGCUUCGACAUAUCUCUGACAAAGUAGAGACUUUGACAUGUUCAAGACUAUUAAUAUACAUGAUAUAAGGGCAAUUUCUCUAAUUUAUUCUUUCAAAUCUAUAUAAUAAAACAGCUGCAUAGUUAUUUGCUUUUGAGGCUAUAUAUGCAUCUUUUAUGAUGACUGAAAGAGUAGGCUGGGAAAGAAGUAGAUUAGAAUAGUUAGUUUGUACUACUGGAAAGAAAUAAUCACUUAUUGCACCUUUAGAGGGAUAUUACAGUAUGAGAUAGGAUGUUGAAUAGGUGUUGUGAUGUAGUUGAUAUAACAAGAAACGAACCAGCCUAUUUAUUAGUUGGUCAAAUUAAGCGGGCUGGAUUUUUUUUUUUAAAUAACAAUCUUUUGUCCUUUUUUCGUACCGUUCACUUUUUCAAAAGCUAUCAGCAAAAAUUACCAAAAUUUUCACAAGUGUUGGUGAUAUUCUUUAAGCACAGAAAGCAGAAGUCAUUUUGCAUGACUGCGUUUGUUCUAACAAAUAUAUAGGUAUAUAUAUGUAUAUAUAUAUAGAUAUAUAGCUUAACAAAUUUUGUGAUUCUGUGUGAAAAGAACAGACAAAUCCUAAAUCAGGGUGACAUUACAUGGAGCAGAAUCCUUAUUAAUGCAGUUCAAAAUGUGUUAUGUUCUUAUUAUUGUUAUAUUAUUUUCAUAUGAAUAAAUCUUAUGAAACUGA